GCAACUCCUUUACACUCUCCUCUUCCACACUUUGAACCAUCAACAUGCUCGUCAAGGAUUCCUUUGGUGCCGGAACGACCAAUGUGUCGAUCAACUGCGACGAUGAAAUCUCCGGUCUAGAGAGGAUUAUGCUUGCUGCCAGAGGCGACCUUCAGAGGCUCCUCAGCUGCUUCUUGGCCCAGCCCAUCACUGUUAUCCCUAUAUACACUCAGGCGUCGCCCCGAGUCCAGCCCGCGUCGCUACAGACGCCUAUCACCCAGGAACGUGAAGUGCACCUCAUGGUCGAUUCAAAGCUGGCCUGCAUUGCAACUUCCACCGUGACCAUCACCACCCCUUUCGUGGAGGGUCUCGUGCUCGACCGCAAAUUCGCCAUUGGGCAGACGUUCGCGGAGCUGGGCAGGAAGCCGACGUUCAACCUCUUGUCGGUGAGCACCAAUGUCGUCAACGGCAUGCGCGAGCUUCGCCGCACAUACACCCUCGAGACCGAGGGCUACUUCUGCAACAUCACCGAGGUCUUCCCCGACCGCCGCAUGUUCGAGUUCGGGGAAGCAUGGCUUCAGAUCAAGGACGCCAAGACUGUCGUCGUACCUGCUGCAACUGAGCCCGAGCCGACGCCUGCUGCCGCAGAUGAGGAGUCCACAGACGAAGAGACCUCGGAGCCGAAGAAGGUCGAUCGGUUCUUCAAGCACACGCCCCAUUCAAUCGUAGACACGCCCACCCUGAACGCAGUGCUCGACAAGCAAGCGGCCAACCCUGCCGUCGCGGACCACGCAUUCGCUGCUUAUCCCGCCAUUCCCGCCGACCCGGUCGCGCCCAUCUCAUACACCGAGGUCACGUAUCGGGCUUUUGCCAAGAUGGUCGACUACCAGGCCUCGGUUCUCUCCGCCCGGCUGAAGGAUACGGUGCUUGCAUGCAAGGAUGGGUGCGACGCGUCAGAGGCACCCACGGUUGCGUUACUUUUCGAGAGCGGGUUCCAUCUUGCCGUUUUGGUGAUGGCGACGAUGAAGCUUAAUGCGACGGCGUUCCUGCUGGCGCCUGCGAACUCUGAAGCCGCCGUUGCGCAUUUGCUCAAGUCGUGCAAGGUUACCGCUGUGUUGCACGCCCCCGACCAUGCCGAGAAGGUCGCUGCCGCGGCAGCGUUGAUGAAUAUCCCUUCGUUCGCAGUUGAAGUGGCAAAUUGCGUCAAGCCUGCGCCUGCAGAGCACUCCCUCGAUGCGAGAGAGCUCUUGCAUCCUACGCACCCCGCGAUUCCUAUCAUCGUCCACAGCUCCGGGUCCACGGAGUUCCCCAAGCCUGUGCGCUGGUCGAACGAGAGCUUCCUCAGCAACAGCCAAGUUAUGCUCACGGACGGUGGUUGGUCGGCCUUUGCCAACCCAGGAAACAGGUUCCUGUGCCUUGGUCCUCUAUUCCACACGCUCGGAUUGACCAUUGGGCUGGGUGGCGCGAUCUGCGAGGGGAGCACGAUUGUGUUCCCCCUGACGCGCUCGUGGCCCGUCUCGACAGCCGACCUCAUUCGCUCGCUGCGCCUCGCUAAUGUCAAGACGUGCGUCAUCGUGCCGCUCAUGCUCGAGCAGGUCACGGAGGCGCUCGAGAAUGAGAAGACGGAGAACCCAUUCGACUGUCUCGCCAGCCUCGACCUUCUCAUCGUGGGUGGUGCACAUUGCCCGGACAAGCUCGCGCGCAACCUCGUUUCGCGCGGCGUGAACCUCAAGAACAUCUACGGCUCGUCCGAGACGGGCCACCUCAUGGUCGGCGACCACACGCGGUCCGCUCAUGACGACUUCGACUCGUGGUACUCAGUCCGCCCGUUCCCGCACACGAGCAUGGUGUUCAAACCCGUCGAGUCGAGCGACGGUACCACCGAAAACAGCAACUAUUAUCAGGUACACCUCUCGGGGGACGACGUGCGCAUGGCACCUGGCGUGCUCAAGCCCGGCGAGGAGACGUGGAACACGGGCGACGUCGUACAGGAGUGCCCGCCCGGCUCGGGGUGGUAUAAGCUGAUGUAUCGGGACGAUGAUAUUCUCGUGCAUGUUAGCGGUGAGAAGACGAACCCGGUACCGAUGGAGACGUUCUGCCGCGAGACGCGCCUCAUCCAGUGCAUUGCCAUCUUCGGGCACCAACAACGUGUCACGUCGGCGAUCGUGCAGCUGAACAAGGCGAAAGCACUUGAGCUCACCGAGGAGGAGCGCGUCGAGGCUGUGCACAAGCUCAUUCGGGAGGCGAACCAGGAUGCGCCGAGCCACUCGAGGCUGCUUGAGGAUAUGGUUAUGAUUCUGCCCCUGGACUAUCCCAAGGAGAUUCCUCGUACCAACAAGGGCAACUGCAUCCGCAAGAAAGCUCUCGUCAUCUUUCAAGAUGAGAUCGACGCGCUCUACCGCAACUUCGAGGACGACGGCGCUUCUACCGACUCGGAGCCGGAAUCCUCCUCUUCAACUCUGGCAGCUUCCGAUGCCGAGAUCGCGAGCAAGGUUCGCACCGUGAUUGCCAAGACGGCCUCUGCCCUCCCCGCAUCGUUCGACCCCGCCAAAAGCCUGUUCGAGCUUGGGCUUGACUCUGUCACCGCGAUGGCGCUACGCAAGGCGCUUUCCAAGGCGUUCGACAUCAAGCUCUCCUCGCAGUUCGUCUACCAGAACGCGUCUCUUGACGCGCUGAGCACCGCUAUCUACGCGAUCGUCGCAUCGCGCUCCGUUACCCCCUCCGGUGGCAAGCCCGUCUCCACAGCACCUGCCGUGGUUGCACCUGCGGGCCCCAGCCGUGGAGAGACGCUGGCGUCGCUGAUCCAACGCCAGAUCGAGCACGUGCGCAUCGCUGCGCCUGCUGUGCUCGCGAGCCGCAACACGCCGCAAGAGCCCGCGCAGGCGGGCGAGGUCGUCGCUGUGGUCGGCGCCGGUGGCUCACUGGGCAUCUGGCAGGUCAAGGCGCUCCUCGACCGCGCCGAUGUGCGUCGUGUGGUGUGUAUGCUCCGCGCGAAGGACGUCGGUGCCGCAUGGGACAAGGUCGAGGCUGCAUUUGAGAAGGCCGAGCUUGGUGGUCUUGCGGGGCAGUGCAAGGCGUGGAAGGAGGCACAGCUGGCGAGUCGGGGUCCGGCGGUCAAGACUGCGCAGCCACUCGUAGUCCUGCCGUUUGAUCUUGCGAACCCCUACCUCGCUCAGGAAGAGUAUCUGGCGCUUGCUACGGACCUGACGGCUAUCAUCCACACGGCGUGGAAAAUGGACUUCAACCAGGUCGUUGGCGAGUUCGAGCGGGAUUGCUUGAGCGGCACUACUCAGCUUCUGCUCCUGUCUUCGUUCAUGAAGCCCAAGCAGUUCUUCUUUGUCUCGAGCAUUGGAGUAGUGAUGGAAUCGAAGGAGUCGCCUGCACCCGAGACUUUGCCGCCAUGGACGAAGGACCAGUACAUCCCUGCCUCCCAGCACGGGUACAGCGAGUCCAAGUUUGUCUGCGAGUACGUGAUCGAGGCGGCCUCCAAGCUUCUCAACAUCUCCUGCUCCAUGGCUCGUAUUGGACAGAUCUCGGGUGACACCCAGUCUGGCGUCUGGAAGACGGCAGAGAUGAACCCAAGCAUCAUUGCAGGCAGCGCCCGGAUCGGCAAGUUCCCCUCCGCCCCGCAAUGCCCGCUCGACUGGACGCCCGUCGACUAUGUCGCGUUCUCGACGGUCGACCUCACCCUCCAGCAGCGCCCCCUCGGCUCGUCAUCGGUGUUCCACAUCUCAAACCCGCACGCGGCGACGUAUGACGACAUGGCGCGCUGCCUGCGCUCGACGGGCAUCGCCCUCGAGUCGGUGCCACUGCAGGAGUGGUGGAAUGCGAUCCUCGCAGACGAGGGCAACCCGUGCCUCCAGAUGGAGGGAUACAUCGAGGAAUCGUUCGUCAAGGCACAAACGGAACUCGUCGCCAAGGGCGAGAAGGCGUUGAUACUCGAGAUCAGCAAGACGCUUGAGAGUGCGCCGAGCUCGUUGGGCAAGUGCCCGCCGUUGGACGAGGGCCUGUGGAGCAAGUACGUGUCGUAUUGGCGGGAGGUCGGGUUUAUCGCGAAGUCGAACUAAGUCGGCCCGAUUGGGUGACUCAACUUGAUUUGUUCUUGUCAUCGCAUCGCAUCGCAUUUAUUUUUAUUUUAUCUAUUUUCACUGGGAAGUCUUGCAUGCGACAUAGGACGGUUCACUUUCAAUCUUCAUUUAUCCCAUGUCUAUCAAUCAUACCAGAUCAAUGUCACUAUAUAACAAUGUACUAAUAGUAGAGCGUC